AUGGCCGACCGUUUCUCGCAAGCCGUCAAAACGGCGUUCGCCGUCUUUGAAAAGAAGGACAAGGACAACGCCACAGGCUCGUCCGCCACUCUGCGGCUGACCUUUGGCAGCCAGGCCGACGGCGCCGCCCCCGUGGUGGUCGACGCGACCAAUGCCGGCACGCACGUGACGCCUGUGCAGGCCACGCCGGAGCCAGCGCUCGCGCUGGCGGCGGCCGCUGCGGCCACCGCGGCGCCCGACACAAAGUACCUGGCCAUCUCCCUCGACCCGGACGCGCCGUUCCCGUCGUUUCCCUUCUUGGGCCCCAUUCUGCACGGCGUCCAGGCGGAUCUGACCAUCGACAACACCACCGGCGACGCCGCCUGGCGCCCCCUCACAUCGUCCACGCCGCCCACCCUCCACUACAUCAAGCCCGGCCCGCCGUCGCCGAGCGCCGCCCACCGCUACAUCUUUUUGCUCUACAAGCAGCCCGAGGGCCUGGACGACGCCGCCAUCCGCGCCAAGAUGGGCUGGGCUGCAGAGGGCCCGGCCGUGACGCGCUUGGGGCGGAUGCGGUUCGUUGUGGGCGACCUGGAGACGAAGCUGGGGCUGGGCGCGGUGGUGGGCAUCAACUACUUUGAGUCGUCGCAGUAA